CCGCUCCGCGCCCCGCCGCUGCCGGAAAAUGUUCGACGGCUGCCUCCUGCCCCUCGUCUUCCCCUGCCUGCUGCUGCUGGGCGGGACGGACGCCGCCACAGCUGGCGGCGCGGAGCUGGAAGUGGUGAUCCCGGAGCGAGUGGCGCUGGAGAAGAUCCACCUGCUGCCGCCCGCCGGCCGAGGGGAUCGCGGCGGCGGCGGCGGCCCCCGGCGCCGACGGGCGCUGGAGCGGGCGGCGGAGGCCCUGCUGCUGCUGCGCCUGCCCGCCGCCGGCACCGAGCUCUACGUGCAGCUCCGCCGCGACCUCCGCUUCCUCGCCCGGGACUUCGUGGUGGAGCAUCGGCGCGGGGAAGGGCGGCGGGCGGCCGGCCCCCGGCGGCCCUCGGAGGAGCGGCUCUGCUUCUACACGGGACACGUGCUGAACCGCAGCGACUCCUUCGCCUCCCUCAGCACCUGCGCCGGGCUGGUUGGCUAUAUUCAGAUUGGAUCAGAGCAAAUGUUAAUACAACCAGUGAAUACAUCAGAGACCUCAUUUAGUGGAAAAGAACACUUCAUCAGACAUAGGCGCUCCACAAAACCAAGCCAUCCCAUGAAGUCGCACAUUCCUGAUGAGCACUGCAAGGUUGUAGCAGAAAAGAAGAGGCAAAAGAAGAUGAAAUCAACCAGUGACUGGAGGGAGAGAAGAAAUGCUAUUCGGCUUACCAACGAGUACACAGUAGAAACACUGGUGGUGGCAGAUGCUGAUAUGGUCCAAUACCACGGUGCAGAGGCUGCCCAAAGAUUCAUCCUCACAGUUAUGAAUAUGGUGUACAACAUGUUUCAACAUCAAAGUCUUGGAAUUAAAGUCAGCAUUCGAGUGACAAAACUGGUCCUGCUUCGCAAUCGACCUGCAAAGUUGUCUAUUGGGCAUCAUGGAGAGAGGUCUCUGGAGAGCUUUUGCCACUGGCAAAAUGAAGAAUAUGGUGGAGCUAAGUACCUUGGUAACAACCAGGUUCCUGGUGCAAGGGAUGACACCCCUCCUGUGGAUGCUGCUGUUUUUGUAACCAGGACAGAUUUCUGCGUACACAAAGACGAGCCUUGUGACACUGUGGGAAUUGCUUACCUGGGAGGUGUUUGCAGUGCCAAGAGAAAAUGUGUACUUGCUGAAGAUAAUGGUCUCAAUCUGGCAUUUACAAUUGCACAUGAACUUGGGCACAACAUGGGAAUGAGCCAUGAUGACGAUCAUCUGCCCUGUGCAGGGAGGUCCCAUAUUAUGUCUGGAGAAUGGGUCAAGGGCAGGAACCCCAGUGACCUUUCCUGGUCUUCAUGCAGCCGCGAUGACCUUGAAAACUUCCUAAAAUCCAAGGUCAGCACCUGUUUGCUGGUAACAGACCCCCGAAGCCAGUACGCGGUGCGGCUCCCUCACAAGCUGCCUGGAAUGCACUACAGCGCCGAUGAGCAGUGUCAGAUCCUCUUUGGGACCAAUGCUACGUUCUGUAAAAAUAUGGAGCAUUUGAUGUGUGCUGGGCUCUGGUGCCUGGUGGAAGGAGAUACAUCCUGCAAAACAAAGUUGGAUCCCCCUCUGGAUGGCACUGAAUGUGGCGCAGACAAGUGGUGCCGAGCUGGGGAGUGUGUCAGUAAAACUCCCAUCCCUGAGCAUGUUGAUGGAGACUGGAGCAUGUGGAGCCAGUGGAGCAUGUGCAGCCGGACAUGUGGCACAGGAGUGCGAUUCAGACAGCGGAAGUGCGACAAUCCCCCCCCGGGGCCCGGCGGGAAGAACUGCCGUGGAGCCAGCGUGGAGCACACCGUGUGUGAGAACUUGCCCUGCCCCAAAGGUGUGCCGAGCUUCAGGGACCAGCAGUGCCAGGCCCACGACAGAUACACCAACAAGAAGAAAAGCCUCCUGACAGCUGUCAUUGUUGAUGAUAAGCCAUGUGAGCUCUUCUGUUCUCCACUGGGGAAGGAUUCUCCUGUGCUGGUGGCAGACAGAGUCCUUGAUGGUACUCCAUGUGGGCCUUACGAGACUGACCUCUGUGUACAUGGCAAGUGCCAGAAAAUUGGCUGCGAUGGAAUCAUUGGUUCAGCUGCCAAAGAGGAUCGCUGUGGAAUCUGCAGUGGUGAUGGCAAAACCUGUAAAGUGGUGAAAGGCGACUUCAACCACACGAAGGGGAUGGGUUACAUCGAAGCAGCUGUGAUCCCUGCAGGUGCCCGACGGAUCAGAGUGGUUGAGGACAAACCUGCUCACAGUUUUCUGGCUUUAAAAGAUUCCAGUAAGAGAUCCAUUAACAGCGACUGGAAAAUUGAGCUUCCUGGUGAGUUUCAGAUCGCAGGCACUACUGUCCGGUACGUGCGAAGGGGUCUGUGGGAGAAAAUCUCUGCCAAAGGACCAACUAAAAUACCACUGCACUUGAUGGUGCUGUUAUUUCAUGACCAGAAUUAUGGAAUUCAUUAUGAAUACACCAUUCCUGUAAACUAUACUGCUGAAAACAGAAGCGAGCCAGAAAAGCAACAGGAUUCUUUGUACAUCUGGACGCACAGCGGAUGGGAAGGGUGCAGCGUGCAGUGUGGAGGAGGCGAACGGAAAACAAUUGUGUCCUGUACUCGAAUUAUUAACAAGACCAUGACACUGGUGAAUGACAGUGACUGCCAGCGAGUGAAUCGCCCCGAGCCCCAGGUCAGGAAAUGUAACACACACCCCUGCCAGUCACGGUGGGUGACUGGCCAUUGGAGUCCCUGCUCUGCCACUUGUGAGAAAGGUAUCCAGCACCGGGAGGUGACUUGUGUCUACCAGUUGCAGAAUGGCACCUACGUUAACACGAGAGACCUCUACUGCCUGGGCAACAAACCAGCAACAGUACAGAGCUGUGAAGGACGGGACUGCCUCUCUAUCUGGGAAGCAUCAGAGUGGUCAAAGUGUUCAGCAGACUGUGGCAAAGGGAUCCAGAAAAGAACAGUGACGUGCACAAAUUCUCAAGGAAAGUGUGAUGCAGCCACCAGGCCAAGAGACGAGGAGGAGUGUGAGGAUCACACCGGCUGUUACGAAUGGAAAACAGGCGAUUGGUCUAAGUGCUCCUCAACCUGUGGGAAGGGCCUCCAGUCACGUGUGGUGCAGUGCAUGCACAAAGUCACCGGGCGCCACGGCAGCGAGUGUCCCGUCCUGUCCAAGCCAGCGGCCUACAGGCAGUGCCACCAGGAGGUCUGCAAUGAGAAGAUUAACGUCAACACAAUUACCUCGCCCAGACUUGCUGCUCUCACGUACAAGUGCACAGGCGACCAGUGGACAGUGUACUGCAGGGUGAUCCGGGAGAAGAACCUGUGCCAAGACAUGCGGUGGUAUCAGCGCUGUUGCCAGACUUGCAGAGACUUUUAUGCAAACAAGAUGCAGCAGAAGAGUUAAUGAACCUGUGCUACUUCUUAGGGUAUUACAGCUAUUUGUAUGUAAGUCACGGACUAGUAGGUCUGAGUACUGGAACUUCAUGAGUUUGCUACAAUGUGGUGGAUUCCAAAGCAUACCUAAUAAGACUUGAAACUAAUUCUACAGACUGGAUACCAAAGUAAUCCACUCAUCCACCUUAAAAAAAUUAAAAAUAAACAUAAAAAGCACACACAAAAACAAAACAAAACAAAAGCAGAAAAGAGUCAUCUCAAGGAGCCAAUCAUUUUAUCA